AUGGUAGAGUGUGUCUCCACAGUGUCAUACUCUUUUCUACUCAACAACAAGGUGGUUGGAGAUGUGCACCCUCAGAGAGGCAUUCGUCAAGGCGACCCCUUAUCACCCUACAUCUUCAUCAUUUGUGCAGAAGUCUUCUCGAGUCUCUGCAAAGCAGCACAUGAGAAUGGUACAUUACCAGGUAUCAGAAUCUCGAGAUAUGGACCAAAAGUAAACCACUUACUUUCUUCUGAUGACACCAUGAUAUUCACGAAGACUAAUCCACUCUUCUGCACAACCCUAAUCGACAUUCUCCAAAGCUAUGAAAGAGCUUCCUGGCAAAUGAUCAAUCAUCCAUCUCCUUCUCUGGUAAAACGCCAGUGGAUAUCAGAGUGA